GCCAACUGGCCGUAUGCCCUCCUACUCGUCUGCUUAUAAAGAACAGCCAUUGCCACCUCUUUGCUCAUAUCAUCCCCUUGAAUGCAGUCUUCUUUUGUUUUGACUCUAUAUCCUCUCCACUAUUCAUCAUUCUAGACGGUGAUUCUUUAGUUACUAGUACUUUUCUUGCUUAAAUUUUGAGCUGCUGUUAUACAUUGAUUACCUAAGAAAAUGGCAUCGAGCUCAACCAGUAACCGUGGUUCCGGUUCAUGGACAGCCGAGCAAAACAAAGACUUUGAAAGGGCUUUGGCUGUGUACGAUAAGGACACCCCUGACCGUUGGUACAAUGUUGCCAAGGCGGUUGGAGGGAAAACUGUUGAGGAAGUGAAGAGACACUAUGAGCUCCUCGUGGAGGAUGUGAAGCACAUCGAGUCAGGCCAAGUGCCCUUCCCCAACUACAGGUCCACUGAUGGGAAUAAACGAGGAUGAAAAAUCUAAAGCUCAAUUGAAGAAUGGACUUGCAUCUCACCUACAAUAAAGAUGAUCCAAUGCACAGCUACCAGUAUCAGAUGUCACCAUAGUUAUAUAGUAGUAAUAGUACUAUUUGAAGAAACUCAAUUAGUGAUUCCAUCUCCUCUUCUAAGUUUUGUUAUUCUCUUAUUUAUGCACUAUAAAUGUAUCCGGAAGAGGCACAUAAUGUGUGAUCCUUACUUUCUCCUGUGUUCUUGUUCUGAAAGAAUCUCU